CUUUAACAAGUGACGAAUCUUUUCGGUUUUACUGCGUUCUCUCCGACAGUGCGGAUGAAGAUGCCUACAUCGGUGGUCACAAGGUCCAAACAAAUGUCGGUCUGGGCUUGCUUCUAGGAUGAUUGACGACGCAUCAUGUCUGCUUCGUUGCCUUCUUUCCAGCGGACGAGUACCCCGGUCCUGCAGCGCGUCAUCGGUCCUCUCGUGCGUCGAAAAUAAUGUACUACUUGAGUCGUACACAAAUGAAGAAACCAAUCUUCGGUAGUUCUUGUUGACUGUGCCUUGCAACUUUGAUUCUCGAUGUGGAGCAACGAACAGUCGAUAUUUUAAACCCCUGACCAUCGUUUUCUUCAUCGCAGCAGCAGACGGACACGCGGGGUCGGUUGCUUUCGUUUAUUUCCCCUGGCGAGUCGGUGAGUUAGUACUAUCGUGCUCGGCCAUUUGGAUUUUCGUGCGAGACUAAUGCAUCGUGCACUUCUCUUGGUUGAAAUGCAAGUGAAAGCAUCGGAGCCAUGUGUUAAGCUAGAACACUUUGAUGGACGUACAAAAGCCUUCUGCUUAUUUAACUCCAGUUUAAAAAUGGAUAGCUCAUCUGCUUGCGAUUUUCAAACACAAACAGCAGCGGAUUUUUCCCCCAAAUCUCAACGACUUUUGCUCCCCCAACUAACGAAACACAACCUAACGACGAAUCUGAGAAACCAACGGAAUCAAGCAUAAACCAAGUAAAGGGCUCUAAGGUGUGCGAAAUUUGUUGUUUUUCUCGAAAAUUAUACUUUACGCUUUAUUAAACAGUCAAGGUCAACAAGUUCAAGUUCAAGAAUAAACUCGACUGAGUACUUCUAGUACUUACAGCGAGAGACUACAACUCGGAAGAAAAAGCAAGCUGCUCGAAGUAAAAAUAUAAUUGGUUCCGACGACGUACAGGAACCGAGAAGAAAGGAACCGAGAAGCAGAUCUGCAGCACGCGACAGCAGAAGCAGAGUCAGUCCCGCGGUUUCACGACCCUGGACGAGAAGACGAAGACCACUAUGUCGGCCACGAAGAAUACCACGCCGCACAGCAUGGACACUCUGGGUAAGUCUUCCAUUUUGCUGGUUUUCGGUCGUCUUGUUUCUCGCCCCCGACCACCCCCAGGUCGGUGGAAACAGAGCAGCUUCAUAACUCUCCUCGUUUUGCUUUCGAGGUGGACCUUCGUCCAGGUCCACCCGAAUCAAAGAACUCGGUCGCGAUUAGCAAGACAAAUAAGUGGAUCGAUUCCGAAGACCCCACUUCGGCCGUAGAUCGGCACUAGCGUCGCAAAUUGGCCGACGGAUCAACCUGAAGAUCAAAGCACCAGUACGAUCGAAGGUUCCGGCAAUCUCUUCGCCAUAAAUUUGCGGCUCUGAUUUUAGCUCGUAAAAUAGCCUCAGACUACUCUCUCUGCCGCCCACCAAAUUUUGGGCGCGAUCACGAACAAGGGAAAGGGGAGAAGCAUCAGUAAGUAGCCCAAAUUUCGAGGCGGCAAAAAGUUGCAGAACGCCCACAAGCAUGCGAAGCCCAUGCCUUGUCUGUCAACUUUCGCCCCAGGUGCACCGGCUUCUCCACGGGAAACUAUCAGGGCUCGCAUGCUUUUCGCUUAACAAGUUCUAGAUUGCUAACUUUAAAACCCUUACACCGGAUAUCGUUAUGGCUUUAUAUUGGAAAGGCAAGAAAACAUAACGUACACACGACACGCACCGGAGUGCAUUACAAAGUGAGCACUACUCUGAUUCCUAGUGGUGUGCCGAUUCGUCUUUGCUUUUCUUUUGCGUCGCUUGUCUUUAGGGGCCGUUGGGGUACCUACGCUUGAAAGAAACUAAUCGACAAAAUCAGGCGGAGUCACAACCCCCGAAGAUGCCGGACCGACGACCACCAACGCCGACCUCUUGCCGUCCCCGCAGGGCAAGACGUGUGUAUGAAUUGCAAAAGUAGUAUCGCGCUUCUUCUAGUGAAAAUUGCAUUACAGAUUAGCUUGGCAUGAUGACAAAUUGAAUGCGUCGUAGUGAUGGCUAGUAGCAUUUUGGGGAGGAGAUUUUUCGUGAUCAUGCAUGACUGCGAUUAGUUUGAGAAGUACGGGUGCGAAGAUAUUACUUUUGCGCAGAAUACUAGUGUGCGCCGGACCCCUCUGCAGCCACGCUCCUAAAGAUCAAGUAUCAUAGAGAAAAGCACACCUAUGUUACCAGAAAAAGAGUGAAUUUGUAGUUGUGCUGAUGCUACUCUAAUGGCACAAAAAACUUGGGGAUCAUACUGGUCCGCAGGCAAUAUUCAUGCCUGUCAUGAUGUAGAAUGAGGUACCGCGCAGACAUGCAUUCGGAUUUGCGAUGCUGAACAGUAGACAUCACAAGCAGCUUACAUAGAAAAUUUGCAUUGCAAUUAUUUUUUGGCCUGGUAUGAGUGUGCUUUUCUGUCGUAAGAUAACAAGAACGGGCCGACGACGAUUGACAAACCCGUGCCGACGGGACCCGAGGUGAAGGGCUACUCGAAGCGCGCCGGCAAGCGGAAGCAGGUGGUCAUGCACCGCUACAAAAAGCUGGAGCUGCGCUACACCUGCCAGUUGCGGAUGAACAAGAAGACCAAGUUGGGCGCCGCCACGGCGGCCGCCGGGGCGCAGAUGUUCGGGGUUCCGUCGUUGGUGGGUAAUGGCGUGCAGGCUGUCCGUACUUCGCAGUCCACCUCGCAGAAUUUGCUGAAGCAGAAGGCGGCGCGCCUGGGCAAGGACGAGCCCGCGGGGGAUGGAAAGAACGCUGCCGCCGCUGCUGACUCGUCCGCGCCUGCUUCGUCCGACGCUGCGGAAGCGUCUGGCGAACAUGCUGGGGACUUUGCUGUCACGGCAGCUGGCGACCAGCGUUCUGACGCUACGGCCGGUCUGAGUGAGGCUGGUCCGCCUGGGGUGAUGAAAAAAACGGCGUUUCUGGCGAAGACGGGCACCGGUCGUGUGCAGCAGGAGAAAAAGGUCUGGCCGUGGAGUCGCGAGCGCUUGCCUGCGCGUACAUUUUUUCUUCGGCAAUUUUGCAGAAAAUUGGCUUCAAGUACUGGAUACAUUCGUAGUUAUUGCUAAUUCAUCUUUUUCGUUCGUUAUCGUUUGAAUUCUCCGCUCAUGUGGGGUGAGGCGAUGUGGCCCGUUGGUCAAAGACAGCUGAGGGCCUUGGACUACGAGGCCCAAGGUGUGUGGUGAUAUGAGCGCACUUUUUCCGAAUCAAAAUACAGGUUGCACCGACUCAGCCUGGGACGAUUUCAAGCGCUUUACUUGUGACAAGGUUGCGCGCACACUGGGCGACGCGAGGAAAGAAGCGGAGCGAGCCAGCGGAGCGAGGAAAGAAGCGGACGCGAUUGAACAACUUGUGUAUUUGCUUCUCAGUGGCAAUUUGUUUGAAACGCUAUUUCUCAUAGAUCAAAAUGCAAAAAUGAACAGGAUGAUAAGGAAAAGCCAAGAAGCCGAUCGAGCAAGGAAAAGGACCAAAAUACCACGAAAAGCAAGCAAAUUCUUGCCACGAUCGAAAGGAAAAGAAAAAAAAGACGAAGAGAAGAAGGAAAAGCAAGGAAAUUAGGUCUGAUUUCUUGUGAAUCCGCAUGAAAAACUGGCUUUCUUACUACUUUCAAGGAGCUGAGCCACGGCUACGGGCUUGUUAGGAAUGUGAAAAUAGCAUUAGAAACUGGAAAAACUAGAUUUGGAGUAAGGAAUUUGCAAUGCGAAUUUGAAGAAUUGAGGAUGUAGUUUUAGAUGGUGUUCACUUUUGAUUCGGUAUUGUUGCUUCUGAAAAAAUAACCUCUCCAUUUCGAAACUAGAUCCUUCAAACUGCGGGCCGGGAUCGCGCUUGCACCGACGCGCGAGAUUGAAGAGGCGCUCGCUGACGCGGAUGAAGUGGCGCAGGCCAACACCUCCAAGGCCAAAGCCACAUGGAUCAAGUCGACGUUUUCGGAGGCCGAGAAGUGGAAGUGGCACGCCGACGCCCUCCAGAUGCGUCGCGAGGAGUAUGCACUCGAUGCCGAGACAUUUCCUGGUGAAGGCACCCCGUGUAGUGGCUCCAAGCUCGGGAAAAAAUUCGAUCGACUGUUCGCCCUGUCGAAAAACGAAGGCGAGAAGUUCACUAAGGGAUGGCAUUGGGGGCUGAUUCGAGACGUCGAUUUCGCUGCGGCUUCCAUGGCAUGUGAAAUUGUCAACAGUCCGGACUGCCAACCCAAAACGACGGUCGAUCUUUCUGUCCAGAAAGACGCUCAAUCUUUCUGUGCCCAGAACCGUGGUUUCGGUCUUCGCGCAAGGCUUGGCGCAAAGAUGUCCCGCUGAAGAAACCGCAAGCGGUCUUGAUGGUUGAAAAAUAAGUAAUUACAACCAGCCUCAGCCUCCAGCGGCCCAGUCGGGGUCCAGAGCUGAGAAAGGAGGUUCAUUCCCUGCCCCGAAAAAUACACGCCACGCGAUGAAAGCAUUUGCCAGUAGUGCUUCGGAAUAUACGAUAAAAUAUGAUGAUGUGCGCGCGAUUAUACAUUCUAUUUCUAUCUUGGUUUGCCCUGAAGUGUGGCUCUUAUAUCGAAGCAGCCGUAGCGGUAGAAGUAGCUGCUGCGCACGCCAUGAAAAUUCUCCUUGUCCACUUGCGCUAAAGGGAAAGCGGCUGUUAUCGUUUUCACAAUCACAGAACCUGGAGUAAGAAGAAGCAGGGCUACACCAAUGUAGAUUUUCAUCUUCAUCGUUUUGUUUUGCGAACUAUGUAUUACGCAGCUAUCAAUUUUUUAUGACAAUUCCAUCUCCAAGGCCAAGAACUAUCUGUCAUUUUGUCUAGCGUAACACUUGUUUUCAGUUUGAGCAAUCUUCUUAUACAGUUGUUUUGUACCUGUUGUACACUUCCACCGCACCUUGCUUCUUCACCACCACCAACGAACAGCUACCUUACAUUAUUUCUUUCGUGAGCUACCUUACAUUAUUUCUGUUCGGGCACGUCCAGACGCGGCUUCACCUUUAGCGCAACUGAUGUACUAACGGAUUUUAGCCCUGUUAAACUACUUGACUAUAACCAAGCAUUUUUUAUCAUGAUAAAUAACGAACGACACAGGAACACCAGAACAGCUAAAAAGCGCAAGCGCUCUCAUAUCUGACGUUCCGAACUUCUAAUCUUGUCGUAUGCCUUUGUCUCACCUAAAAUAAACAAGAACGACUCGAAUGUGAGGACUAUUUCGUGGCGUUGCAGCAAAGUAGAGAGCCAUGGGACAGCACAGCUUCGAACCACAGGCGAAGGGAAGUAGUUAAGUCGGUUGUGGUGGGUUUAUUUCAUCAAUAUCUUCGUCUUCCUACUUUCCUGCCAACUGGAAUUCCGCACUUGUGAGCCGCGACGAGGUAACUCACCUUUGUCGUGUCUGUGCAAAAAUUGUCACGAAAGAUGAGAUUUUUCACGCCGCGAGCCAAUCUUCAAAGACCGAAGGAGGAAGGCCUCGGCCGAAGGGUUUUCGACUUGUUUGUGUCGAUGAAAUGAUAACGAGAAAUCGCUCGAUUUCUUGUUCCUCAGGGAUAAAUAACUUGGGUUUCGAAGAGAGUUUCGGGUGCAGGGCGCUUCUGCGUCUGUCAUUUUCGUCGAUUGUCUUGGCUUUUACUGUCACUUCUUACUUCGGCUUGUGAUCUCUGAUCGCCUCCACUACAGUUGUGCAACCUACUUCAGUUGUGCUGAAUAAGAUCCAUACGAGC